ACUUAUUACCCUAACUGCAAUCUUUGUAAAUUCACACAGAGUACACUGAAAGAUGUCUACUAUCAUGUCCGUGAUCAAAUUUAAAGUUCACCAAAUAGCUCUUACCGUGAGGUACCACCAAUAGGCACCGCUGCCUUCGACGCUCCACGUAUCUAUUAGGAACGCAGAACUGCACUAUUUUAAGCAUUUCCAUAUUAUUAAUUAUUCUACGAAGUAAUUUAAAAAUAUAAGACACCAUACUGGGCUCCCUUCUUACCCUUAGCUCAUAAUACCCUACCAUACCCAACACGAAGAGUGUGGGGAACAUCAAUGGAUAAAAAGGAUACACUCCGUAUUGUCUCCAAUAUAAAUACCGCACAAACUUGUUCUGUAACUUUUCCAAUAUAAGCCUAUAUUUCAUUUCGUGCGGAUUCCACACCUGUGCAUUGCAUUCUAGAUGACUCCUAACUAGCGUAUUAUAUAUAAUGUAUUUAUUUCCCGCAUACUGCGAAACCGGCCGCACUGCGAAGAACAAAACCUAGAUUACAGUAUGUGUUCCCGGAAAUUAAACUGCGAUGUCAUGCGAACUCCCAAGUCUUUCACUUCGGAGACCCUCUCUAUUGAUGUAUCACCAAUCUUAUAGUCAUACUGGAUCGGGUUUCGUGCUUUAGUACAAGAGAUGGCCUGACAUUUCGAGAUGUUUAAUUCCAGCUUGUUUCCAUUGCUCCAGUCUGCCACUCUGUCAAUAUCAUCCUGCAAGCGCUGACAGUCUGCGGCUGUUUCGAUAGGAAGAAACAACUUCAGAUCAUCCGCAUGAUGCAUGCACCCCCACAUCAUCUAAGUCAUUGAUCAUCACCAAGAAUUGCUGCCUGCUGCUGGCUUUAACCCCGAAUAAACGAAAUAUGGUUUGGAGCAGUAACCGGCAUAAUCAACAUAAUAUUGUUGUAUUUGUCUUGCGUAAUUUCGUUUCGUAAAUUUUCGUAAAUUUUCGUUUUAUUGAUUUUUUACUCAAAUCUAAACAUAGCCAAACACCUUGCAGGCAAAAUUUAAAAUCGUUGGAAUGGCAUCGACACGUCAAGUGAUGAACUAAAAAAUACAAACUCAGCAAUUCGUUUGCUGAGUUUGUAGAUAAUACCUAUAAUACAAUAGAAGUACCUAUUAUUUUUUAUAGCACAGUGGGCAAAUGAGCGCGCGGUGUGUCAGAUGGUAAGCAAACACCGCAGCCCAUGCCCACAAUUCUAAUUCCGACCUGUCAAAUAAAUUAUGCCAAAAAACUUUUGUCAUAUUGUUGAGCGCCAAAUUUAAAUUAACAAAUUUUACAAUGUUAAUUUUCUGGCUCACAUAACGCGUGGAUGUAAUUACCGUUUUUGUGGUUAUCUUAAACUUUUUGAUAAAACUAAAAAAAGACCAAUUAAGCUCCGUAACUCUAACGCAAAAAGUAUCAUUGUGAGCUUACAGUUUGAAUACGUCAUCUCAAGUAAUAAAACAAACCAUUAACAAAAACUUGAAUGAAACCAAGCCAGGCUCAUAGCCACGUCAGGGCCACGCCACGACGACGUAGAUACAUAAUUAUUUAUAGGAAAAUAGUGAAUGUAACUUUUGUUUUAAAUAUCACACCAGAGUGCAACAGUUAGUUGUAGUCAUGAUAGUUACGUUUAACGUAAUCGACUAGACAGAAUCCCCAAAAUCUGUCUGUCUCCAAAAUAUUUAUAUCCAGCUAAGGCGAAGAAAAUAGUAAUUAUUGUAGCAUUAAAUUAAUGUGAAAAUACAUAAAUGUAAAUUACAUAAUUGUAAUUAAAAUAAUAUUCUGACUGUUCAAAGGCUUCUUUAUAUAAGGAUGGAUGGUAAAUAAUGGGUAUAGUAUAUAACUAUGUGUCUAUAUAUAAUUAACAGUUAGAGUCGAACAAAAAAUUACUAGGUUCUAGCAAACCAAAAUUGAAAUCAAAAUCGUAUUAGAUUUCACUAAUAAUGAAAUGUAUCAUGGUAGAAAAAAUGAACUCAUUUAGAAGCCAAAUAACACUAAAACAAUGUUUUCGUUUUCUCAACCAAGUGUAAUAAGUAUAUUCAAGUUUAAUUUUAUUCACUCAGUAAUGCAUUAAAUGUUUAACGGAUUUGUACUGGCUGAAAAGUAAAUAAAAAAAAGAAAAUCCAGAGAAAACGAUUUUGGUACAAUUCUUGAAACUUAUUAAGUUACAAAUUUAAUAAUAGUUUAUUUUUAAGAAUAAGGAAGUAGAACUCCACUAAGAAAUCCUACGAAUUAAUACUGUGUUUGAGCUGCCUGAAAAAGUUGAAACUCGGAGGGCGGGCAGCGCAAAAGCGCACGGCGUACGGCAUAACGCGUUCUGCCGCCGCCCAGGGCGCCCACGACUACGUGCCCGCCCUAAUAUCACUAUGCCAGUCGAUAUGCGAUCUAGUGCAGAAACUUUAACAAAGUAAUCCUUACGCAUAUCUGCGGCUAUAAGCAAUAUCAUCAAUAAUAACCACUAAGUAUUAAAGUUUCAAGUAGUUUUAGAUUUCAUUCUUUCGACUUGUAGUUUGUAGUUCGUGCUUUAUCGGCUAUGGCGAAGAUGCGACAAUCACUGGUUCCUGUAAUACUUCUCGCAACAGUAGCUCUAUCAUCAAGUAAUGUACUUCCAAUUAUGUCCAUAAAUCAUCUCGACUCAGAGCCUCUAGGUUUCAAUAGUCCUAAUGCCAAUACGUUUAAAGAUAAUAAUAAUAUUUUGAGCGGUUUAUUUUAUAAAAUAUCUGUUGGAACGUCUCUCAAAGACCAUCUACCUAAAGUGCAAAAACUUCCAGAAGCAAAGUUCGAAGAUUUUGACAAUAAUCGAGGAGAAGCUAAACUCAACGUCCUAAGUAAAGACGAAAGCUAUAAUGGUGAAGGUUAUAGAAAAGAACAGUGGCACAAUUAUCCGAGGCAAUUAGAUCGUCUGCAUAAUUAUUUGUACGGACAACACAGAACAGAUAAAAGAAAUCCAGACCCAGAUAAUCCAGACAAUGGAAAUUAUGAACUUGUCCCAGAAAUACAUAGAAGUAAUGAUUUGACUACUAACGAAUUGCUCCUCUACAAUAAUGGUGACACACAAAACAUCUACGACACAUUUUUUCCAAAUACUAACCCUUUUUUCAUUCUUAAAAUUCGCUUAGCAUGUUUGAGUAAUAAAUUAGAAAACACAGAUUUAGAAAAAAAAUAUGUUCAAACAUUAUCGGAGCCUGAUUCUAGUUUUGAUAUAAAAGAAGACAAAGUAUAUAGAAAUGAAAUAAAUCCCUCAAUAGAUGCUGUAAAAGUAAAACGGGAAGAUGUGAGUGAAUCACAGAGCGUUGAUGAAGGUGAACCACUAAAUGGGAAGGUAACUGUUAAGAAGCGACUCUUCUCUCUUUGGAGUCGACUGCAAAGUCUCAAUCAUAAAGGACAUGAGCUGCAUCACCGACGGCAUCUCCACGCUUUCUACGGUUUGCCUGAUGGAGACGGCAAUGGCAUCCUCACAGCUGAAACUAGGGCCUCACUUAUGAGACCGCCCGGAUCACCCCUCAGAUGGGGGUGAUUUCACAUAGACUUACGUUUUAAUUUUCUUAUUAAUUAAAUUGAAUAAAGUUAUGGAGAAACAAGUGAAGAUUUAUAAAGAUCAUUAUUUAAUAUAUUUGCUACAAGUUAAAGUCAUUUUCAAGUAUGAAUUUUAUCACUGAAUAGUUUGUAUAAUAAUUCUUAUUAUGAUUUGGAGGAUCUGUGUGUAAUAAGUA